ACUAUUACUACUGCUACUACUACUACUACUACUACUACUACUACUACUACUACAACUACUACUACUACUACUACUGCUACUACUACUACUACUACUUCUUCUUCUUCUGCUGCUGCUUCAUCGUCGUCAUCAUCCUAUCGUCCAUCGUCGAAGAUGCAGCGACUACUCGGACUAUUCUCUUCUCUUCUCCUAACUUUAACGUUCUCGGUGAUUUCAAUCGAGUGCCACCUGAUCGAUGGGAUCUUUACGGAACCGACUUUAGAGCCAGGCUAUAAUCUUGUUACUACCAUUCCACGGGGUGCAGUGGCAUUGAACGUGACCGAGUUACGUCAUACGCAAAAUUAUUUGGCGAUCAGAUUGCAAAAUGGGAGUUAUUUACUCAAUGGCAACUACAGUAUCAAUUGGUCUGGCGAAUACAACGCAGCUGGCACAACAUUCGCAUACAUCCGGCAGAGCUCACAAAAUUUGGAAAGUUUCUCGGCUGCAGGACCAUUGCACGAGUCCAUUGAUGUUAUGGUGCUGUAUCAAGAGCCCAAUCCUGGUAUAGUGUACCGUUAUAUCAUUCCUGGAAGUAGUGCCAGUGCACCGAGCAACUCUCAUCUCACUCGCAAUACAGUUUUAAAUAGACCGAUCGAAGCAACGCCAGCAAGUACCUCGCUCAGAAAAACGGACAACGUGAACACGACGACAACUAUAGACGACGUCGCAACGAACGCCUCGUACGUUCCGAAGCGAUAUAAGAAACGAAAAUUUGCAUGGAAACCGGCCGGUUACACAGAAUGCAAUAAAUCCUGUGGCGGAGGUGUCCAAACGUUGAAAUAUGCGUGUGUACGAGAACACACGCAGAUUCAGGUCUUCGAUAAAAGAUGUCACACGUUGGAGAAACCACGAGAGGUUCGAUUAAGGUGCAACACCAAUCCCUGCCCACCCAUGUGGAGACCAACCGCAUGGAAUCCAUGUUCAGUCAGCUGCGGUACUGGCAUACGUACACGAGAUCUGGAAUGUGUUCAAGAGAUCAGAUCGACCUUAACAGUAAUCGUAUCCGAGGGUGCUUGCAUGGAGCCAAGAAAUUUACCUAUCAGUGAGAUGUGCAACGAGACACCUUGUGAAAAAGCUACAAGAAUAUCAGAAGGACAAUCCUUCAAUUGGAAUGUUGGAUCUUGGUCCGAGUGCUCGACAACGUGUGGGGUAGGUAAAAGAACGAGACUCGUAACGUGCGAACCACAAGAAUACCUCUGUAACGUAGCGGAGAAACCAAUUUCUCAAGAGGUUUGCGACUUGGGUCCUUGCACCGUGAAAUUUUCUUCUACUAACGCAAUUUCGUCGACCGAACAACGAGUAACCUCUCAAUGGCUUUAUACCGAAUGGCCAGAACAGUGUUCCGUUGAAUGUGGCCUCGGCAUGCAAAGCAGAAGAGUCUUUUGUGAAAAAAAUUCCGAAGAGGAGUGUGAUCCAAUGAGUCGUCCGGAAUCAUCGAGAUCUUGUUCGAGUAACAGAACAUGUAGCGGACAAUGGUUUGUCGGUCCUUGGUCUGAGUGUUCAUCACAUUGUGAUUUUGGUGAACAAAUCAGAGAAGCCGUUUGCGUGACUAUACUCCGUGGUGCUCUUCGCGUCGUCCUCGAUAUGAAUUGUCCUGCGAAUAAGCCAGAAACAAGAAAAUCUUGCAGAGGUGCUCCUUGCUCGUUUGCUUGGUUUACGUCCGAUUGGAGCGAGUGUUCCCGAUCCUGUGGCAAGGGUAUACAAAAGAGAGAAGUCAAGUGUUUGUCACCGGAAAAUCAACCAAACGAGUAUCAUCAAGUAGUUCAUUGUAACGAGGACGAUCGACCAGUUUCUCGACGAACUUGCAAUGAUUAUUCUUGUAAAAAUGAUACUCACGGUUCUGAGAAUGUACCAAGAGUGUCGCAAAUUCAAGACGAUCCAGAGAUAUAUAAUGGUCUUGAAGAGAAUCCAUUCUGUAAGGACAACAUACCAAAUUGUGCUUUGGUAAUCCAAGCUCGUCUUUGCACUUAUCAAUUUUAUCAACGAUCAUGCUGUCUUUCUUGCUCUAGAGCUAAACACGAACCGGAAUGAACGGAUAAUUGCAAUUUAAAAAUAUUAAAUUUAUGAAUAAUUCAGCGAAAAAUAAGCGGGAACAAAAUUGUUUAGAGAAAUUUGUUAAUCAUUAAUGGAUUUCAGCAAUUCCAUGUUGAAGUAUGAUAAUAAUUCAUGCAUCGGCGAAACAUGAUAGUUAUCAAUAUUCCGUCUUCCAAGCACGAAAACUUCGUAGUUUUUAGUAAAAAAAUGCUUUAUACGUUUACUUAAUGGCUUAAUCAUAAUCCAUUGUAUUUUUGUCAAAAUGUGCGAUUUUACGCUAAGGACGAAACAUUAAAUGACACUUUUCAAUUGUCAA